CAUUUCAAGCAGGUCCUGUAAGCACGCAAGGCGGCCGAGACGAUAACCCCAUCCGGCGUCCCACUUGCACCAGCUACCCUUCCGGUAUUCUUUGCGCCUUGCCUGUCGUCCCCGCCGCUGUCCUCCUCACUUCCUCCUUUUCCUACACCGUUUCCGCCCUCAAUCGGUUCCGUCCUCGUUGGGAAUGUUUCUUGCUCCUGCGUGUAGCCUGCCACCGUAGUCGGCAGCGCCCCUCUCCCAGCCGUACUCGCCCUCUUACUCGCGCGGCUCUCGUCGAGCCUCCCUUUUCGCAACAAUGUCUCGCUCCCCCGACCUCGACCGCGACGACCUCAGCUCCGGUAGUAUCGACGACGACGAGCGCCAGGGUCUCUAUAUCGACGAGGGCAAGCCUGCAAACUCGUCUCGUGGCCAUCACCGCUCCAGAAGCGUCUCCCACAACUUUCAAUGGCUCUUCCGGCGCCUCCCGAACCUCAGGGGUGCCCAGCGUCGGACCAUCGUCAUUGGCGCCAUUAUCGCCAUUGUCAGCCUGGCCAUCGUUGUCGAACUCGUUCAUGUCAACUCAUAUCGAGGCACUCCGCCACCAACACCGCCGCCUACAGAGGUGGUCGAGGAGGCUAAACCACCUCCCAUCGACCACAACAAGCAGUGCACUACGUGGCCCGUCGAUGAGAGUGGCAACUAUAAUUCUACCGUCGACUACUCAAAGUACGACCUCAAGCUUGACACUAUUGCUCCCCAGGGCGGCUGGAAGAAGCCGGCUGGCGUCAAUGUUGUCGGCCUCAUUUUCUUUGGCCGCCGAAGAACCGUGGAUCUCCUUGACUGUUAUCUCCAGCAGAACCUUGCCAGCAAUGGCGGCUACCUCGACAAGGUCCUGUUCCUGCUGCAUACUCGUGACGAGACCGAUCGCGCCUUCCUGAAAGAUCUUCUUGCCAAACGGCCAGACUAUGAAAUGGUCAAUCCAGGAGAGUGCGAUGGGCAAGACUUCAGCUGCAUGUGGGACAUGUUCACAGAGGACGAUACCAUCUAUAUCAAGAUCGACGAUGACAUUGCAUUUAUUCACCACGAUGCCAUCCCUCAGAUCGUGCACACUCGGUUGGCUGAGCCUCACCCACUCGCUAUUUCAGCCAAUCUGGUCAACAGUCCUCUGACUGGCACUUUCCACACUCUCUUCGGUGCCAUGUGGCCAUUUCUCCCAGACUACAGCAUGAAGCCUUCCUUCAAAGCUGCCGAGACGUGGCGGCCAUCGGAAAAACCUUAUUAUCCUGCCAACAAGAAUGCCAACUUCAAGGAGCAGGAUCUUGUGGACCUGCACGCUCCCUAUGACGGCCACACUUGGCUGCAAGUGUCUGAUGACCACAGCUUCGAUAUCCAGAAGACGCCCAUGGGGAUGAGCUGGAAUAAUGAUGCGGGCGGCGAGACACACCACUUCACCACAGCCUGGCGAUCCUGGGCGGUUGCCGCUCAGCAGCACUACGCCCUCUUCAGGAACUUGGAGCUCAACCGAGUUUCUCAAUAUUUCUUUGGGCGCAAGAUACACUGGAAAGCGACCGAGGAGAAUCUCAAGGUACUUGGCAGCCACGUGCAGACGGAUCCGAAACUGCCCGGAGGUGAACAGCUUUACGAUACCCAGUAUAAGCGCUACAACCUCAACUUUAUUGCAAUCUGGGGCCAUGACGUCAAGGCCAUUGUGCCGUUGAGCACCGACGACGAGCAGGAUAUCACUGUCACAAGACCCCGCGAACUGCACCGGCCUUUCGUAAUCGACACCCGGGUCAUUGUCGCCCACUUGAGCUUCUACACGCAGCACAAUGGAAUCAAGACCACCGACAUCCUCGACAGGUGGCGGGCUUUUGCCAACGAGAUGGUCUGCACGCCUCAGAACCGCAAGACCCCGUUCGACGAGCGUUGUCCUGGGUUCUGAGGAUGAGUCUGUCGGUACCAAAACCAAGCUUUCCAUCAAUACCUGGGUGUGGCGGCGGCUUGUAUGCAAGAGAUGAUUUAGCAACGCGCCAUUGAUUUGAGAACAGCUCGCAUCAUUGCAUUUCCUGGUGUUCAGGGGAAAAUCGACAAGCAUACUUUGUGAGGUUACACAGCGAGGCAUACAAUGUUUCUUCUUGUACAAGUUUUGAUUUGGGCCGGGUACAAGACUGGCGGUGUACAUGGGUUUCAUUCUGAUAUUCACGAUGUCGUGUGUAACUUGGGGCAACAGACAUGGCGGCAGACCUUAGAACGCGGUUAUGCAAACUAAUCACAAUUGUUGAUAUAUCUCGUUAUCCCAAU